UCUUUUGUUCGAUAACAUAAAUAUCAGAGGGCCCAGGACCAAUAUUCCACAACAAUCCUCCUGCAAGUCAUUGCUCCUUUUUUCGAUCACACGUUCACCAUGCAUCCUGAUUCCCAGCUGGAGACUGCCAUUCAAAAUGGCUUUGACCCAAAGAGCCUCUACGCCGCGGAGCUGACGCAGGUCAAUGAACCCGCGCGAACAAUUCUUGAAAUCUAUAGCAAAAUCCCAGCUGCUCAGAUUUUGCAACAUGUAAAGGACCUGAGAGAUCGCGCGUUCGCAGUAUUCCCUUACGCUUGUAUUGGACAGGCCUCGUUUCUUGAGCUGAGCAUCGCGUCGUCACCAUGCUACCCUGAGAUGCUUGAGCGGGUGAAGAAUGGCGAUAAACUUCUUGACUUGGGAUGUGCUUUUGGACAGGAGUUACGCCAGCUGAUCUACGAUGGUGCCCCUUCUGAGAACCUCUACGGCUCGGACCUGCGUGCCGAAUUUCUCGAUCUUGGCUAUGACCUAUUCCUCGAUCGCGCGAUCAGCAAAUCUCACUUUAUCAGCGCCGAUGUCCUCGACGAUAAUUCGGAACUUGUCAAGCAGCUGAAGGGUCAGCUUGGCAUUGUUUACAUCUCUCUGUUCCUUCACGUUUUUGAUUUCGAUCAGCAAGUGACAGUGGCAAAGCGAGUUCUAGAUCUCAUGGUCGCACAACCUGGGUCUAUGGUCGUCUGCCGAGUAGUCAUGUGCAGAAAUCAAGAGACAUUGAAUGCUACUACCGCCCGCCUACCCUACUAUUACCACGACCUGGCUAGUUGGGGAAGACUUUGGGAGAGAGUGCAGAAAGAAACAGGCAUCAAGUUGAACGUGGAAAGUUGGGAACAAGAGGACGCACUGGCCAAAAAGCAUCCUCUGCCAGGCAUUUACGUCCUUGGAUCAUCUAUUCGCCUGGAGUAAAAGCUAGGUGUGGCCUUUGGUUUUUUGGGAGCAGAUUGUCAAGCUGCCCACUGAUAGUGAGUCAAUCUCGUGGCCAUGCCAUAUUUCUAAAAUAGCACUCGAAUCAAG